CGAUACUCCAUCCACCUCGACUUCUACAUCCAUCACUGCUGCUCCAGUUAUCCAGCGCAUCCACACUCGAAACGCACGCCAGGGUUCAUUCAUCAUGUCCGACUCCCCCCCAGGCGCUGGUCCGGCGCGCGCCGGCGCCGAGCUCCUUCCCUCUGCAGUGAUGGAGUACCUGCAACAGCACGGCUUCGACAAGGCUUUGCAGGCGCUGCAAACGGAACUGCAGCAAGCAGGGGGAGAAAAAGAGGAUGGAGACGCGGAGGGCGAGCGGGAUGCACCUCUGGAGGCCGUCAUCCGCGCACCUGGCGCCAUCCCGCUCGAGACCAUGGUCAAACGCAACAUCCCUCAAGCGACAACAGUGUCCGUCUCAACAAUGAGCGACCGGAUUACACCGGAGUUCAUUGCACAGAGCAAAUACAUCAUUGAGAAGCUGCAGGCGCGGCUGGAGGAGCAAGCAGACGUCGAAGAAGGUCGGGCGCCUGGUCUCUCCCAGACCAGCUUCAUCGACCCAUCCGACCGCGUGGAAGGGUACAAGCGCUACCGACGAUGGGUCAGCGACGGUCUCGACAUGUGGAAGUUUGAGCUCGACAACGUCUCAUUCCCGCUUUUCGCGCAUACGUUCCUCGACCUCAUCGACUUCGGGUUCACAGAGGCUGCGCAGAAGUUCUAUCAGGACAACGCUGAGCACCACCGCGUUUAUCAUCCUUCAGAGCUUUCGUACCUCGCGGGCAUCAACGCGCCACACCAGAUUCUUCUUGAUCCCUACUGCCAGCGCUUGCGGUCGGAGCGGUAUCAAGUGCCAAUGUCACGCAACUCGUUCGCGCUGCUCGUACAGUGGCUCAGCGGGUCGGGGCUGGAUGAGGAGUGGGAGGCUGGUCUGCAUAGUGCGCCAGGGCGGGCGAAGGAGGCUGUCCGCGCAAUCGUGCACCAGCGCCUGGAUGUGAAAGUAUCCGACUCUGGCAUGCCAGUGGACAAAAUCUCGAUCGCGUCGUCCUCGGGGUUGCUGGCAGGAUUGUUGCCCCCGGCGACGUCGGCGGAGGACUUCAAUGGCGCGACGCAGUUGAAGCUCGGGCAGCCGGCCAUGCUGGACAAGUUAAAGGAGGAAGUGCUGCGGGUGGUGCGGGAAGAAGACGAGGCUAUCAACGGCGCACCUGAUUCGCCGGGUGCCUCAACUGUCAACGGACACGUGAACGGCACCGACGCAAAUGGCGACGUGAUGAUGGGCGACGCCUCGCCCAAGAAGGCGGUCAAGCUUGAGCCUGAAGCGGACCCGGAUGUGAUCGCGCCGGACGCAACCGAGACGUUGCCGCCGCAGCCCACAUUCUACAAGGUGACGGACGUGAAGCGUGAGGUGGAGGCGGUGCGGGACAAGCGCAAGAUGAUCCGUCUGGGUCCGCCUGGGGAGGGCACGAGUGCGUCUGUGGCAACGCUGCCCUCCAUCGUCGCGUUCACGAUGUUUGACGGCGGGGAAAAUAUCACGAGUGUUCAGUUCAGCCCCGACUCGAGUCUGAUAGCGGCGGGCUCAGCAGAGAGCACUGUGCGGCUGUGGAGUCUGAGGGACGAGAAGCUAAAGGCCAAGUCACUAGACCCCCUUGGUAACGUCGUUGAAGACGAGGGCAUGGCGAUGCGCAAGCUUGUGGGGCAUUCGGGACCAGUGUAUGGGUUAUCCUUCGACCCAAUAGCGGGUAGCGGUGGGCCGCCACACGCACUACUCUCCUCGAGCCAAGACGGCACGGUGCGCCUCUGGUCAAUGGAUACGUACUCGAAUCUUGUGGUUUACCGGGGCCACGGAAGGGAACCCGUCUGGGACGUCGAGUGGGGGCCAUUCGGCGUGUAUUUCGCGACCGGGUCCCGCGACCGCACAGCGCGGCUGUGGAGCUCGGACCGGCUGACCCCUCUGCGAAUGUACACCGGGCACCUUGGAGACGUGAACUGCGUCAAGUUCCACCCCAACACGAUGUACCUCGCAACGGGUUCGAGUGACAACUCGUGCCGCCUGUGGGACGUGCAGCGCGGCGCAUGCCUUCGCCUUUUCCUGGGCCACACGGACGCCGUGACGACCCUGGCGAUCUCUCCAGACGGCAAGAUGAUGGCGUCUUCUGGCCUUGACUGCUCAAUCUAUCUGUGGGACCUGGGCUCGGCCCGGCCCAUCAAGAAGAUGAGCGGGCACACGGGGCCCGUCGAGAGUCUUUCGUUCUCGGCCGAGAGCAGCGUCCUCGUGUCCGGCGGAUUGGACUGCACCGUCCGCGUGUGGGAUGUGAAGGGUGCCGGCGGGCCUAGGCCGCGCGGGUACGACGCACCGCUCAGCAGUGGCGCGCUGCCGAUGGGCCCGAGUGAAUGGGAGGGCAUGAGCCAGACUGCCGAUUUGUUGAGCACGUUUACGACCAAGCGAACGCCCGUCAUCAAGACACAUUAUACGCCGCGCAAUCUGUGCAUGGUUGCCGGCUCGUUCGUGCCGCCGGCUAAC